UUCUUUAAACCCAAUACAAUGUGUUUGAAAUUGAACCUUCAUCUUGUUCUUCAACAGAAGCCUAAGAUCAGAAAAUUAAUAUGGACUGCUCAAUCUGCAGCUCCUUGCCGGUGAUACUACGGCCGCCGCGUAAUACGAUUUGUGCAUCAUGUUACGACGGAGCAAAGUGUGUCAUAAAUUUGAUAAACAAGCUUCAAAAUGAUCAUAAGUUACCAACUCAUAAUGUCUCCCCUGUUUCCCCACCUUCCUCUUCAUGUAAGACACUCACUAAUGCUUCAAAAUGGAUAAUAGACUUAAAAAACAGAGAGGAAGAAUUAGAAGAAAAAAUCGAUUUCCUCGGCGAGUUCGCCGCGGCUUUCCGCCAUCGGAUUCACACCGAUAUUCAACUCAAACCCGGCUUCGACGCGUCGCCUUCGAUUUCCGCUCACAGAGCCCUACUGGCCACAAGAUCAGAAAUCUUCAAAAACCUACUGGAAUCGGACGGGUGCAAGGCUGCUCCAAUGGAGUCGAUCAUGCUGCCGGAGAUGAGCCACGAGGAGUUGGAAUCACUGAUGGAGUUGCUGUAUAGCGGUGAUUUGGUGGAAGAGAAAUUGAAGAAGCACGUGUACUCGUUAGCUAUGGCGGGUGAUAAAUACGAGAUUCCUUACUUGCAGAAGUUUUGCGAGAGGUACAUGUUGAAAUCGUUGAACUGCGGGAGCGCUCUGGAUGUAUUGGAAAUUGCUGAAGUAUGUUCAUGUAGAGCGUUGAAGGAGAGUGCGAUGGAUUUCAUUGUUAGAAACAUGGAGGAGAUUGUGUUUUCCCCAGGAUUUGAGGCAUUUGCUCUCAAGAAUCCUCAUCUUUCUGUCCAGAUCACUAGAGCUUCUUUAAUGGAUGCCAGAAAAAAUAGGGAAAAUUGACAAAAAUGAUCUAUUUAGAGUUUGAUUUUGUAUUUUUGACAUACUUUUGAAUUUUUUUUUGACGAGAAUGAAAAUGAUGUAACCAUGGAAAAUAUUGAUUGUACAAUUACUCUUA